ACUCCCUCCCCCUUCCUCCCAACCCACAACAACAACAACAACAACAACAACACUUUGAAUCCAUUUUCUCCCCAGAAAUGGCCACACAAAACACUCUCCCUCUCCUGCUCCUCGCCCUCCUCCCUCUCGCCGCCGCCUCGACCUUCAACGUCAUCAACCAAUGCUCCUACACCGUCUGGGCCGCCGCCUCCCCCGGCGGCGGCAUCCAGCUCGACCAGGGCCAGUCCUGGACCUUCAACGUGGCUGACGGCACCACCGGUGGCCGCGUCUGGGCUCGCACCGGCUGCUCCUUCGACUCCAACGGCAACGGCAACUGCCAGACCGGCGACUGCGGCGGCGUCCUCGCCUGCACCGGCUACGGACAGAACCCCAAUACUCUCGCCGAGUAUUCUCUCGACCAGUCUGGGGGCCUCGACUACUUUGACAUCUCCCUCGUGGCUGGGUUCAACGUGCCGCUGAGCUUCACGCCGACGUCGAAUGGUUGCACGUCGGGGCCGAGCUGCGCCGCCAACGUAAAUGCGAACUGCCCGGCGCCGCUGCAGGUGCCCGGCGGGUGCGAUGACCCGUGCACGAUCUUCGGGGCGCCGGAGUACUGCUGCCCGUCCGGGAGCAGCUGCAACCCGACGCAGUACUCCGAGUACUUCAAGGGCCAGUGCCCUCAGGCUUUCAGCUAUCCUGACGAUUACGACGGCACCACUUUCACUUGCCCUGGAAACACCAACUACCAGGUUGUGUUUUGCCCUUAGAUCACAGUUAUAUACUACUAUACGUAUAGCGGUAUCUAUACAUGGACGUAUGCCUACGUAUUGUAUGCGUCUUGAAUAAAGCAUUGUGGAAUAAAGUAAUUGUGUAAGAGAAGGUGGCUACUCUGUAGAAGCUCCUUCCAUGGGGAUUGUUUAGUUUGAAAUAAAAGUAAUACGCCUGAUUCAUUUGGUUGGAUAGGAAA